CUUGUUUCAUUCGUUGAAUGCACUGCGAAAAACACACGCCGGAUAUUCGAGAAUUAAUGCCCGUGAGGGAGCACAGGUGCGAGAAAUGUCCGAGCCUUAUCUUUGGCAACCUCAGUCACUAUCAACUGCACCUGCGCCGGCGGCACCAGGAGGUUCUCCCACCCUCAGUGAUUGGGCCAAUUGUCGCAUUCCAUUGCCCCGUGGAAAAGUGCAUCUACCAUGUGGCCACCAAGGGAGCCCGCAGCUUCACCAGCUUGCGCUUGCUGCGACAGCACUACCAGAAGAGCCACCUGGACAAGAACUACAAGUGCCUGGCGUGCGGCGGGAAAUUCCUGCUGCAGCACCAUCUGGAGAAGCAUCAGUGCGCAAAACACAAGUGUCCAGUGUGUGAACUGACCUACAACAGCAAGGCUGGCCUCAGGACCCACAUGCGGCGGAAGAACCACUUGGUGCAGCAUGAAUCCGACAAGGUUCCCAUACCCUCGCUGGCCACAUGGAAAAGGCUGAAUCCACAGCCAAUUCCGGUUUCUGCAGAUUCCUUAACUGCCCACAGUUUACAAACAGGCAGUGAUUUACAUCCGUCAGAGGAAUAUAUUAACAACCUGCCUUCCAACUUGGCGGGGGUUACAGAACUAUAUGCUGAAAUACCCAAUCCGGAGGCCAAUAUGCCCUCCACUCUUGAACUUGCCACCGAUUUACCGGCUGAAGAGGAACAUAUUCUUUGUUUCCUGCCCAUUAUGGAUGUGCCCUAUGCGCUAGAGAUGUCAUCCCAGAAACUAGAUAUGGAAACACAAACGGAGGAAGACGAUCUGAAUGAAAUCAGGAACGAAGUGCUGGCGCCCUUGUUGCGCGAUAUAGAAACCCAAACACCCGACACCAGAGGCGACAUAGGAACGAUGACCGAUGAUUUCGCAGAGGAACAGGAGCCUGUUGCGGUCGGAAGCCAUUUCCACGCGUAUCCAGAAACUGAACCUAUGUUUGACUUGCAAACCUCUGCCCACAUGUACACCCAAACCUGCGACGAUUUGUUCGAGGAACUCGGGCUGUCCCACAUCCAAACCCAAACCCACUGGCCAGAUGGUCUGUACAACACGCAGCACACGCAGACCUGCGAUGAAAUAAUGGACGAACUCUUCCCCGACAACUUUCAGUCCACUUGCACGCAAACCAGGUGGCUGGACUGAAAGGAUACUGGAGAAGGCGAAAGCUAGAAUGAGCAGAUCAAAAACUCAUUGUAUUAUAUAUAAUUAUAUAAUUAUUAUUUGUUAAUGUGAAAAUUAA